UUUCAAUAUCCUGAUCAUUUUUCUUCCCCUUUCUCAUUGAAAACUCAAAGUAUAAUAAUCUUCGCAAUUCACAUUAGAAUCGUUAAAAGUAGUAUAUGAGUGUGCAUAGUCAUGGAUAACUGUAAUGGAGGAUCAAGUUCUUCUUCUCCGGCGCCUUUUUUGUUGAAAACUUAUGAACUGGUUGAUGAUUCGUAUACUAAUCCAGUUGUUUCAUGGAGCCAUAACGGACGUAGCUUCGUUGUUUGGAAUCCACCUGAAUUCGCUAGAGAUUUGCUUCCGAAAUACUUUAAGCAUAACAAUUUCUCAAGUUUUAUCAGACAACUUAAUACUUAUGGGUUUAGAAAGGUUGAUCCUGAACAAUGGGAGUUUGCGAACGAGGAUUUUUUAAGAGGACGUAGACAUUUGUUGAAGAAUAUUUAUAGACGAAAGCCGAUCCAUAGCCACUCUGCUGCAGCAGGAACAGGGCAAUCUGUAGCUCCAUUGACGGAUUCUGAGAGACAGGAGUAUGAAGAUGAAAUCGAGAGGUUGAAGAGAGAAAACAGUCUUCUUCAGUCGUCUGCGGAGAAUCAAUUGAAAUUCAAUGGGGAGUACGAAAGUGGAAUUAAGUCUAUGGAGCAACGUUUACAGAACGUUGCUCAUAGACAGGGGAAAUUGAUUUCUCUUUUAGCUCAAUUACUACAAACACCUGGAUUUUCAUCUGAUUUCACUCAAAGCGCGAGCAGGAAGAGACGAUUGUUGAUAUCAAAUUACUUGAUUGACGAGGAAAACUCACCAAAAUUCGACUUGGAAAUGGUUAAAAAGUUGGAUUCAUCAAUCAAUUUUUGGGAGCGGUUUCUGUAUGGUGUUCAAACACAAGAUUUCGAGCAUACACAUUCCCCAAUUGUUACACAUACAUCAUCUAAUGAUUCUGCCAAACGAAACUCUCCCAUCGAUCAUUCACCAUCCUCCUCCGAGUUAGGGCCAUUGAAUCCUGUCAUGUCAUCAACUUAUGAAAAUUUAGAACGUCAACUUAAGCCAUCUGAUAAUCAGAUUGAGUGUAAGACCAGUAAAACAUCUGAAUUAGUAUCAAACUCGGGUAAUGAUGUAUUUUGGCAACAGUUCUUAACAGAGACGCCUGGUUGCACUGAGCCACAACAAGUUGAGAACAAAGGGAUAAACGAAUCAACGCGUGAUAUUAGAUUAGGGGAUAGCCAUAGAUAUUGGUGGAAUCGCGGAGUUAAUUUAGAAAAUCUUGCUGAAAGAAUGGGACAUCUUAGUAGUCCAGCAACAGGAAGCUGAGUUGAUUCAGUAUUUGACAUUUUAUAGCUAUUGUUGUUUUUUUUUUUCUUCUAGUUUUGAUGAUCAGAUAUGUCACAUUAGAGCACUUGUUGGUUUGUUGUUGUAAUACUGAGAUCAUUCACUAGAAGUUAGAUGUUAAAGUACACCACUUUAUGUGGAACUUUUAGUGUAGACUUUGCUUGUAAUUAUCAGAGUUAUAGUAAGGUACUCAUCUAUAUUUUUGAUAAGAGGAUUAGUGAUAUUGAACAAUAUUGAGUUAAAGCUUAA